GCCGGAGACACGGUCUGGCUGCCCGGCUCAGCACGGCCCGGCGGUCCAAGUCUCCGAGAAACUCGGGCUUCGCGCGCGCCAUCCUUGCUCUCCAUCCACCAUGUCCGAACAGUCCGCUCCCAAGCGCCGCCGUAGCCAACGCUCGCCUUCGCCAGAGUACAAGCUAGACGACCAAGACAGCUACGUGCCUUACGUGCCAGUGGCUCAGCGGAGACAGGCCAAGCUCGCAAAGCUUACCUCAUGGGGAACGGACAAGAGCAAAGCAAAUGCCAGACAGGAAGAGCUGGACGAGCGUGAGGAUGAGGAACAGAGGACACUACUGAUGGAGGCGCAGGAGGUGCACGAGAAAAAGGCCGUAGAAGAACUUGCGUCUGACCUCGAGUUGGCCAAAGGUGUCCUGUACACGGAGCCGAUGACAACAUCGUACGUGAUAUCCCCCGCCCAUCGACAACUUCACUGUACGGCUCUCGAUCCAACGUACGUUCCGCUACUUAUCGUGACUGCGCAGGACAUGAAGGUGCCGGAAACACUCGUGAAGUUCCUCAAAUCCAAACGCAUCACCACGCCCACACCGAUCCAGCUGCAAGGUAUUCCCACUGCCUUCGCAGGACGCGACAUGAUCGGCAUCGCCUUCACUGGUUCCGGCAAGACGCUCGCCUUCUGCCUGCCACUGAUCAUGUUCGCGCUCGAAGAAGAAACGAAGCUACCGUUCGUUCGCGGGGAAGGUCCUGUUGGCAUCAUCCUCUGUCCUUCGCGCGAACUCGCGACACAGACAUAUGAAAACGUCCUUGUCUGGACCAACGCGUUGGCGCACGAAGGCGGUGGGAAGUACCCGCAGCUGAACACGCUGCUGUGCAUCGGCGGGAUCUCGAUGAGCGACCAGAGCCAUGUACUGGCAAGGGCAUACACAUCGUCGUGGCCACGCCGGGGCGAUGAUGUGCGGAACAUCAUGAGCUUCUUCAAGCGACAACGACAGACACUCCUGUUCUCGGCCACGAUGCCGCGGAAGAUCCAAGACUUUGCUCAAUCAUCGCUCGUCAAGCCCAUCCUUGUGAACGUUGGUCGUGCGGGUGCGGCGAAUCUUGACGUGCUCCAAGAGGCGAAGAUGGUCUAUCUCUUGGAGUGCUUGCAAAAGACGCCUCCACCGGUCAUCAUCUUCAGUGAGAAUAAGAACGAGGUCGACGACAUUCAGGAGUACCUGCUACUGAAAGGCAUUGAAGCUGUGGCUAUCCAUGGUUCGAAGUCGCAAGAGGAACGACAAUACGCGAUCAAGUCUUUCAAAUCCGGCCAGAAGGACGUCAUGGUUGCGUCGGGCGUCGCCUCCAAGGGACUUGACUUCAACGACAUUCAGCAUGUCAUCAUCUUCUCCAUGCCGAAGGAGAUCGAGGACUACGUGCACCAGAUCGGACGUACGGGCCGUAGCGGAAAGACGGGUAUUGCCACCACAUUUGUGAAUAUGAACACCCCGGAGCAAACAUUGCUCGAUUUGAAGUACUUGCUCAUGGAGGCGGGGCAAAAAGUUCCUCCCUUCCUGCAAAGUAUCGAAGAUCCGCGGGUCGGCCAGGGUGCCUCGCUCACAGGCUGUCCAGUGUGUGGAGGUCUCGGACAUGGUAUCUCGAACUGUCCCAAACUCGAGGACACUCAAAGGCGCCAGAUGGCCUCCCACCGGAUAUCCGACGAUAGAGGCGGGUAUUGAAGCGUGUCUUUUAGCAUUUCUAUCUGUUGUGUGAGUGUAUCGGUGUGCCAGUAGUGUACUUUCUGCUUUGGACUAUAUUCGCGCAUCACUCAACUGAGGUGAUGGCUACAGCUGCACACCGAGUGAGGCUUGGUUAAACGGCCAAUGGCGCUUUGAACUACUACCGUUAUCCAUGAACCCCCUGCCGCGGAGAUGACGACAGG